AUGGAUGAGGAUCUGGUGUUGGCACUACGGCUUCAGGAGGAGUGGAACUUGCAGGCGUCGGAGCGCGACCGGGCCCAGGCGCCCCUGUCGCUGGUGGACGCGUCCUGGGAGUUGGUGGACCCAACCCCGGAUUUGCAGGCCCUGUUUGUGCAGUUCAACGAUCGGUUCUUUUGGGGCCAGCUGGAGGCUGUCGAGGUGAAGUGGAGCCUGCGAAUGACCCUGUGUGCUGGGAUAUGCAGCUAUGAAGGGAGGGGCGGAAUGUGUUCCAUCCGGCUCAGUGAACCUCUUUUAAAGUUGAGACCGAGAAAGGAUCUUGUAGAGACCCUCUUGCAUGAAAUGAUCCACGCCUAUCUAUUUGUCACUAAUAACGAUAAAGACCGGGAAGGGCACGGCCCAGAGUUCUGCAAACAUAUGCAUCGCAUCAAUCGCCUGACCGGAGCCAACAUAACGGUGUACCACACGUUCCACGACGAGGUGGAUGAGUACCGGCGACACUGGUGGCGCUGUGACGGGCCGUGUCGGCACAGGAAGCCCUACUACGGCUACGUCAAACGCGCCACCAACAGGGCGCCGUCCGCUCACGACUACUGGUGGGCAGAGCACCAGCAGAAGUGUGGUGGCACCUACGUGAAGAUCAAGGAGCCGGAGAACUACGCCCGGAAAGGCAAGGGGAAGACAAAACUAGGAAGGCAGCCGACGGCCGAAAAGAAAGAUCAGCCCAACAGAGGUGAGACCCAGCUGUUGAUCCCUUUCAGUGGGAAAGGAUACGUCCUGGGAGACGCGAGCAAUUCGCCUUCGUCCGGGAGAUUUGUCGCUUCACACGCCGUCAAUAAAACCCAAGAUCUUUUAAGUCAAGACCGCUCAGCAACAGCUCUGAGACCUAAUUCUAAAAUGGAGGUGAACUCUGAACAGACUGGUCCAAGCAAAAAAACCUCUCUCGUCGCCCCUGUUCUUGCUGCCAGUCGCCAAAAUGUCGUAAGCAACUACUUUCCUAGAGUGUCAGCUGCCAACCAGAAGGCCUGCAGAAGUGUGAGUGGAUCUCCACCAAAAAGCGGGGCAGUCGGCAACCUCCCUAAAAACUCCGUCUCUUCCAUGUCUCACAGAAGGGUCCCCUCCUCUAAGAUAGCCCCGAGAAAUUCUUUAAAAGCCCCGGAAUCGACACCUGUGACCGCAGCCCUGGACGGGAGCGGGCCCGAAGAGAGAUUGCCAAGUAAACGAGCCAGGCUAGAAGACCAGUCUGUUUCUGACGAGCUUUUUAUCAAGAAAGAGCAAGUGCAACGUGGUGGAAGUGAUUCUAAGUGGAGUUCACGUCCUCCAGCUGCGGCUCAGAGCUCCAGCCCUUCAGCCAGUCAGAGCAGAGCGGUCAGUUGUCCUGUUUGUUGGAACGAAGUCCUAGAGUCGCAAAUUAACGAGCACUUGGACCGGUGCCUUGAAGGCGCUAGCACCGAUGGCAAAAGUUGA